CGAGCCGAUUGACAAGUUUCACUUGCUUGUGUUCAUGACGAAAAAGCUGUUCGCUCUCGCCAACAACAAAUGCGCCAUCGAGGGUGCGAACGGCGUGAUGAUGCAGGAGUGUUUGCUGGGCGGCCACUUGUACCUGCAAGUUAUCAAGGAGAAACUGGUGUCGUGGCUGACGUCGCUAAAAGUCUCCAUUCUCAAACGUGCCAAAAGUGCCGGCAAUAGGUACAUCUUAUCCAUACAGGAGAUGCUGAACUGCUGUAAAUUCGGGAGCAGCAUCGAGUCUCAAAUGGAGAGCUUCUUGUCCACCGGAAACCUAAGGUCGUCCACCGGCCUGGGUUUGACGCAGAGCACCGGCCUGACGAUCGUCGCGGAGAAUAUCAACAGGAUGCGGUACAUGAACCAUUUUCGCGCGAUACACAGAGGCUCGUUCUUCCAAGGAAUGAGGACCACCGAGGCCAGGCAGCUGUUACCCGAUGCUUGGG